CAGUGAAGCUGCUGACUUCAACAAGCUUGUACUGGAUAAGUGGAAUCCUUUGCAUCAACUCCUGCGUGGCAAUACUGAUUUGCAUGCAAUACGGUGGAGAUCGUUUCUGCCCAAGCCGCUUGAGUUCCACGGGAGCCAAACCACGUUUGGGGGUAGAUAUGUGCUUGACACACUCAACCAAGAGGAAAUCUUAGGCUGGGACCGGAUCAGAAAAGAUGUUUGUGCAGACUAUAAGGGAAGAGGCUUUGAACAUUUACAAGUUUCAUAUGUGGAAGGAACGGAGCCUGACCAGCUUGGCGUUCCUUUAGGGAAGAGCAUGUAUGCCUGUGAUGAGGCUGAGGCAAGUGUCAGAGUCAAACACUACGCUGCCUGUGGCCUUUGUUUUGCAGCGCUGUUGGAAAGUAUUUUUCGGGUCCUUGACAAAGACGAAGCUCUGCCUAAUAUUUUGGUGAAGGUUCUGGCCCCAGUUAAGACAUCAAACGGGAAGCAAAUUCCGGACGUAGAGGUUGAAGUUGAAAGGUCGAGUUCGAGGUGCAGGUUCGUAGUAGAUGUGAAGAGUCUGAAGCGGAAGGGUGAUGACAUUCAGGAGGAGACCAGCGCGAAGAGAAGCAGGGUGUCGUCGUCUGGUCAGAAGAGCGACGAAAGCGAUGAAAGCGAGGAGAACAACAGCAUGAGCAAGAAAAAGCAGCGUAUUGUUCUCAGCGACGAUAAUCAGGAGCUUCUGAGCCCGCCUCUACAAACGGCUCGAGGCCAAAUUGGUGAAAUUCACAGGGCAAGGCAGUCUCAAGACGGGUUUGUAUCCAACGGCGUGCAUGUUAUAAUCGUCCGGACUGACUCCACCAAAUCCAAAAAUCGGGUACUGAAAAUGGUGGAGGGUAGCGACAUAAAGAUAGGAGAGGCCAGGAGUUUAGAUAUGGAUUCAAGGGGGGUCGAUCAAGUCCUCAAAGAGCUAGUUAUUGCUCUGAUCAAAACCGGGUUCCUGCCACAGAGUUUGCUUCAAGGUGAUGUUAGUGGUGCUGCUGGGUUGGGAGCAGAGACAAUGGAAGUAAGUGUUGAUGAAGAACAGCUAGUUCGACCGGUUAAGGCUGAGGCAGCUGAGAAAGAGCACCGGUAUCUAUUCCCCGUGACAAUCCAUGGAUCGAGAUUGAAAGCCUGGAUUAAAGCGGCAACAGUAGGUGAUCGGUACAAGCAGGUUCAGCGAGAGCUUUUAAUUCGUCAGUAUCUGUGUCCAGAGGACUCUGUGAAGGCGAGGGCAGUAGUCUGGAGGGGGGUUCCUGCGUUACUCUUGGAAGAUGCGGGACAGAAAAUCAACAGAGACACGAUGGCGCCUGAAGACGUUUUCCAUAUGACAAAGGCCAUUUAUAUGGUACUUUCUCAUGUGUAUGGCGAGCAUGGGAUUUCGCACAAUGAUGUUGCACCCCGCAACAUCUGCCAGGACGAAAAGGGAUGUUACCGACUUAUUGACUGGGGAUUAGCAAGCCGGCUUCCCGAUAUUGAUCAUCCCGCCAAUGUACCUGAUUGGCUUUAUUCAGGUACUUGCUUUUUUUCUGGAAGUCAAACUCCAGGAAUCCAUUCCGAUUUAGAAAGCCUGGUAUAUGUGGCACUUGACUGUCUUCAUGUACCAUUGCCAUGGGUAAAUGCGGCCAGUGAUUCUGAUAUUAUUAAGAUCCGCAGAAGAUUUCGGAGCAGCUUGAACUCCUCAGUGUUGAACGCCUUGUAUCGACCAUUGCUCAAAGCAUGGCUAGAGCUGGAGAUCUGAAUACCCUAUGAUUAUAAAAAAAACGUCUUAACUUGAAUACUCACCCUUCCACAAA